GCUCCUCCAAGAAAGGUGGAAGAAGUGGUGAAGUUUGCUAUUGAUGCAGGCUACCGCCUCUUCGACUGUGCCUAUUUCUACCAGAAUGAAAAUGAAAUAGGGAAUGCAAUCCAGCAGAAGAUCAAGGAGGGGGCUGUGAAACGGGAAGACCUCUUCAUUGUCACUAAGUUGUGGAACACGUUUCACGAGAGGUCCUUGGUUAAGGUAGCGUGCAAGAAGAGCCUCGCUGCACUGCAACUGGACUACCUUGACCUCUACCUGAUACACUUCCCUAUGGGAUUUAAGGCUGGUGAAAAACUGCAUCCUGUGGAUGACAAUGGUAUGAGUAUCCCCAGUGAUACCGAUUUUCUGGACACAUGGGAGGCCAUGGAAGAGCUGGUGGAUGCUGGUCUGGUAAAAGCCAUUGGUAUCUGCAACUUUAACCAUGAGCAGAUCGAAAGAAUCUUGAACAAGCCAGGUCUAAAAUACAAGCCAGUAAAUAACCAGAUCGAAUGUCAUCCGUACCUAACCCAGGAAAAGUUGAUCAAGUACUGUAAAUCCAAAGGGAUUGCUGUGACUGCUUACAGCCCCCUUGGGUCUCCUAACCGUCCAUGGGCCAAGCCAGGGGACCCUGUGCUGCUGGAUGAUCCCAAGAUUAAAGAGAUUGCAGUUAGACAUCAUAAAACCCCUGCCCAGGUUCUGAUCCGGUUUCUUAUCCAAAGAGACGUGAUUGUCAUUCCCAAGUCUGACAAACCACAGCAUAUUGAGGAAAACAUCAAGGUGUUUGACUUUGAACUGUCUGAAAAGGAGAUGGAUGUCAUCCUCAGCUUUAACAGGAACUGGAGGGCAGUUCCAGUGCUCCCAGCUGUCAAUCACAAGGACUACCCAUUCAAAGCAGAAUAUUAA